CCCUUAUUUGGUCAAACCCCGCGCCGAGACUCGGCUGUAAAAGCGGCGCUUUCUGGUGAAUUCAGUGGAAGAGAGAAUCAAACAGGAGGAAUAGCUGGAUUCGCCUCGACCAGCUGAACUGGACUUUGUUUAGUGGUAUUUGACAGGAUGAAGCUCCAAACGUCUCUCGUCAUGGUCCUGCUGUCCACACACUGCGCGUCCGGAGCUGCAUACUCAUAUCCUCGGGCUCAGAACGUCACUUGGAGCUCCACCAACUUUAAAACUAUCCUGAGCUGGAAGCCCAAACCCUCUGCGGAUUAUUCAUACACUGUGGAGUUUUCUGUGGCUGGAGGAGACAGACAGAGGAACCAUCACUGCAUCCGCUCCAAUGCCACAAUGUGCGACCUGUCCGUCUCCCUGACUGAGCUCAAGUCCUGCUACUCAGCUGACAUCCUGUCAGAACCGCCACUGGGAACCACAUCAGAUGACACAGAGUUCCCACAUACCGCCUCACCUAUAUUCUGCCCUUACCAAGACACUGAGAUUGGGAGGCCUACCUUCAACCUGACAGUGCAUGAGUGGGUCAUCACCCUGCAUGUGACUGACCCACUCACAGCCGUGUUUAAAGAUGAUCAUCAGCUGAGCAUCAGAGACAUUUUUUCUGAUGAGCUACAAUACAACGUCUUUUACCGGAAGCAGAAGAGCACUGGCUCAAAAAUGCAAACAUUCAGCUCAAGUGUGAUAGAGAUGACCAAUCUAGAUAAAGGCGAGAGCUACUGCUUCAGGAUCCAGGCCCACAUUUCCAGCCGGUCUGAGAAGCAGUUUGGACAGAUGAGUGCAAUCAAGUGUUCUCAUAAUGACGAGGAGCCUAUCUUAAAAGUGUAUUCUCCUGCUGUUAUUGCUGGUGGUAUUCUCUUCAUCCUGCUUGUGAUAGGUCUGAUCACCACCAUCACUGUGAUCUACUGCAGCCAGAAGAGAAAAGCUCUGAAGAGCGGGACAGAAGAAUGUCCACUGAGGGAUGUUUAAGGUGUCAUCCAUGUUCCUGGGUUCUGGGCAG